UCAAUUCUUAGAAGUAGAGCGGUGGUUCUGUAAAAGCUUUCACGGUACCGCAACCAAGCCGUGACCGCGAGCAACGAAAGCCACCUGGCAGUCGUCGGCAAGACGAGAAAAGGUAACCAGAAUCCCAGACCUUGGGCGUCGGAUCAGUUGACCCGGAUACCGUGGGAGUGCGACGGGCGCGAAAGGGAAAAGCGGGCGUGAAGAGGGCGUCGUGGCGCAGGGGACGGGGAAGGACGGAGGCGAUGCGAUGAAGGAUGAAGCGGGGGCCCACGGGAGCUGACCCAGACGGCCUCCGUCCCGGAUACCUUUCUUGCAGAUCGAUCGUUCCGCAAAGGACAGCAGAAUCGUGGAUCCGUCUCGGAAGCUAGAGGAGGUAAAUUCGCAGCUUCUCCGAAAUUCCGUGUAUUUUAUCGAGAUGGUUUAACGUGUUCCCUGUUCUGGGGCACAGGAAAAGGACAUUCGAUUGCUUUCAUGCAGCGACGUCGACAUGGCUGUGUUCGUCUUGGAACUGUGGUCUCGCGACUCAUCUCAUGAAUCCUGACCCGCAUGGGAAAGCUGUACCUGGUUAUGCGUUGAAGGUUACCCAUCCACAAUUUGACUGAUGUGCCAAUAGUUUUGGAUGCCUGCAUAGCGGAAAUUGUGAAACUAGUUUUCCGGAUUUUCGUAAGUUAUCUCUGUAACGCGGAUGCGUACAGUGCUUUGGCCGCCCGGCCCGUCGUGUCAGUUGGGAGCUUUGAUAAAAUUGAAGGUUUUGUGUAUCCUCUAGGGCUUGACUCUUCGACUUUAUGCUCCUGAAUUGAGCCAUGCUGGAACCGGAAGGUUGAGGAGACCAGUAGGCAUGGGGUCAUCGGAAAUCGUAGAUCUUACUCUCGAAGCCAACAUAGAAACCUCAUUGCUUCUCACCAGAACGUCAUAAACCCUAACCAGCGUGUUAGAAUUAUUCAGUGGCCAGGGGCACGGAGUCUCUGAGCAGGAAUCUGUUGAAAUAUUGACUUUCCGCAGAAGGAAUUGUUGGAGUGAGGUUUCAGCUCGAACAAAGUUGACGCAGUGGCUUGCGCUCGCGGCCCACACUUUGUUGAGGAAGCUGAAUUCCGCAGGCCGCUAGCAGCAUACAAAUUUCUCGGAAUCCCCCUUGCACCAGCACCACUGAAAGCCUGCAGGAAGCUAUCUGGGCCUUUUGAUCAACUUUGAGAAGUCUGAUUGGUUUCCGGACUGAUCGGGGUGUGCAGUCUGUGGAGGACCUACUCAUGGAGAUUAGGGAGAAUGGAGUGGGGGAGCCACAGCAAGGGACGCUGAAGGUGCACAAGUGCUGGAGUCCGCCUGGUGCCCCUUCCAAACCUCUGGAUGGACUCAAAGUGUUCAACAGCCUUAGUGGCACGAAAGUGCCCUUUCAAACGAUUGAUGGCACGCGGAGAGUCACUUGGUAUAAUUGCGGCCCUACUGUGUAUGAUUCGUCACAUGUUGGACACGCACGGAACUACUUGACAUUUGAUAUCAUACGUCGGAUUAUGGAGGAUUACUUCGGGUACGAGAUUCGAUAUGUUAUGAAUGUGACAGAUGUUGACGACAAAAUUAUCAACCGGGCUCGACGAAAUCAUCUGUUGAAUCAAUAUCUCAGCACUGUCGGAAGUAAUCUCGAGGAGGUUCUGCAAGAUCUAUCCUCUCAUUUUCCUAUCGAGGUUGCGAAGCAGCGCAAAAAGGUUGCAGAAGCAGAGGGAGAGCUCGCGAGUUCAGCAUCUGGUCAGCAAAAGAAAGUACUUGAAGAAAAAGUGAAACAAGAACAGCUGAAACUCGCAAAGCUGGAGGAAGCUUUAAAGACAAUGUUGGAAAAAGUCAAUGAGGCGAAAGCUCUUGGGGGCAAAGAAGGUAUCAAUGUUCUUCUUUCACCCGGUGCUACCGAUGUUCUCACUUCUCAUCUCGAUGCAAAGGCAGGGGCCGAGGUUACUGACCACGAAAUCUUUCGUUCUCACGCUGCCAAGUUCGAAAAAGACUUCUUCGAAGAUAUGGGCAAUCUUGGUGUAAGGCCGCCGACGUACUUGACAAGAGUAACAGGGUAUGUGGAUAAAAUCAUAGCAUACGUCGAAAGUAUCAUUGAGCGAGGUUUUGCCUAUGCUGCAAACGGAAGUGUGUACUUCGACACUAAAGCCUUCAUUGAUGCAGGUCACACUUAUGGCAAGUUGAACCCUUGGGCGAUAGGGAGUGCAGGACUUGCAAGUGAAAGUGAAGCAAAUUUCGAAACUACAGAGAAGAAGAGCAAAUCUGAUUUUGCGCUUUGGAAGGCGAGCAAAAGUGGAGAGCCUUUCUGGGAUUCACCGUGGGGAAAGGGUCGUCCUGGUUGGCAUAUUGAGUGCUCUGCUAUGGCAAGUGAUGUCAUCGGUCAGACAAUGGACAUUCAUUCUGGUGGAAAUGAUUUACAAUUUCCUCACCAUGACAACGAAUUGGCACAAGCAGAAGCAUUUUACGGCUGUUCUCAAUGGGUAAACUAUUUCUUCCACUCCGGUCAUUUGGCUAUUGAUGGCCUGAAAAUGUCCAAGUCAUUGAAGAAUUUCAUCACAAUUAAGCAGGCUCUCGAAAUGUACACUGCAAGGCAACUUCGAUUCUUGUUCGUAAUUCAGCUGUGGGACAAACCAAUGACUUUCAGCAAAGAAGUGAUGGAUAUUGCUAUCUCAAGAGAACAGAAACUGAAGACCUUUUUCCAAGAGGUGCAAAUUAUGCUGAGACAAAUGAAUGUGGACGACAAUCAGAGGUGGGGUGAAGAUGAGAAGAACCUGAGUAACAAGCUUCUAGACGGUGAACAGCAGGUGAGGGAGCGGCUUGAGGACAACUUUGACACUCCAGGAGCACUUAAUGUGCUUCUCGAUCUCGUCAGCGAAGUGUAUAUCUAUCGGGACAAACAAGCUCGGGGAUAUCUAAAUCUGCACCUAGUGAAGGAGAUUGCGCAGUUCGUGACGAAGAUUUUGUCUGUAUUUGGGUUGUCAGACGCUGGAAGGGGCGAAAUCGGCUGGGGAUCUGUUACCAGCGGUGCAGGUGUACAGAGUGGUAGUAUAGAAACCCUUGUGGCUCCUUACCUUGAUGCCAUUGCUUCAUUUCGAGAUCAAGUUAGAGCAGUAGCCAGGGAGAUGAAGCAGGACAAGAUCUUGUCGCUUGCAGACAAUUUUAGGGAUUAUACUAUGGUUGACCUGGGUGUAAGGUUGGAGGAUCGAGUCGAUGGUUCUACCUGGAAGUUAGACGAACCGACUGUUUUAAGAGGAGAGAGAGAUGAGAAGCUGAAGAAGGCGGCGGAGGAAAAGCGCUUGAAGCUUGAGCGAAGCAGAGACCGUCAGGUCAAGGAGAUAGACAAACUCGAGGCGGCAGCUAAAGAUCCAAGAGACUUGUUUAAGGGAAGAACAAGUGAAUUUAGUGCUUUUGACAAUGAUGGCAUGCCGACCCAUGAUGUCAAAGGGGUUGAAAUCACGAGCAGCUCUAGAAAGAAACUGAAGAAGGAUAUGGAUGCAGCAAAGAAAGCUCAUGAUAACUUGAAACAAAAAUUAUCUACUGAUUCGAACUUUAUCGAAGGGUUGAGGACCGAGCUUAGGGAUAUCGAGGAGAAAAUAAGCAUGCUGAAGACGUCUUGAGGCUUUUUCAGCAGGCUCUACAUUUUGUCCUAUUUUUUAGUACUUCCUCACAGAAGUUUUGUAGUUCGUCAUUUGUUACGGGAACAGAUAAGCAGUUGCAGCCAGAUUGCAAAGCAGGUCUGGGUUGUGGCGUUGAGCAGCUUGAGGCGGAAAUGAAGCCUCUUUCUUCGUAAAAGUGCCGCAAGGUUUCGCUAACUGGGCCCCUUGAGAUUCUUAGUGUAAACAAGGGCCGCUGAUCGGCAGCCCUAUCACUGUUGCCAUUGGACUCCCUUGUAACUUUACCAUUAUGCAAGCGUUUGCUUCGAAACCUCAAUGGAGGUCUUCCUAGUGUCUGUGGGAAGUCGCCUUUGAAGUACGAGUUUUGAGACUUUUUGUGGC